AUGGGUGCCUUCAAAGGCGCCGUCGAGGUCGGCGCGCAUGCCAUCGAGACGGACGUGCACCUGUCGAGGGACGGCGUGGCCGUGCUGUCGCACGACGCGACUCUCGCUCGGUGCUUCGGCAUAGACAAGAAGCUAGCCGACUGCGACUGGGAAUACCUGUCGACCGUCGAGACCCUCCGCGAGCCGAAGCAAGGCCUUGCCCGGCUGCAGGACCUCCUGGAGUGGCUCGUCGAAGAAGACAGGCUGCGAGACGGCGAGCACAACCGCCAUCGGCCCUGGGUCCUGCUCGACAUCAAGGUCCCGUCGCUCCGCCCCAAACCCAAGCCUCGCAGCGGCAAGACACACCUGUUGGACGCCAUCAGCGGCGCCGUCGCCCGGGUGCCACCCUCGACGCCGUGGCAGAGGCGCAUCGUCCUCGGAUGCUGGAACGCGUCGGUCCUCGAGGCCUCGCGCAGGACCCUGCCCGACUACGCCGUCGCCCACAUCGGCUUCUCGCUCUCCUACGCGCGGCACUUCCUGCCCACGCCCAACGCGGGCUUCGACAUGGCCUUGCACACGCUCGCGCGCCCCUGCCAGGGCGGCCGGUUCAUGAGAGACGUGCGCGCCGCGCGCCGCCCGCUGUGGGCGUGGACCGUGAACCACCCGCGCUGGAUGCGGUGGUGCGUCGAGCGCAACGAGUCGCCGCGCGGGGGGGCCGGCGCCGGCGGCAGCGCCUUGAUGGACGGCGUCGUGACGGACGACCCGGGGCUGUACCUCGACGUGUGCCGGCGCUACGAGGACGAGGUGGACGGUGCGUUGACACGCGACCGCACCUCGUUCGGGCACGCGCUCGCGCUGGCCUGGGACAUGCUCACCAGGCACGUCGUCGCCAAGCUUGUCUUCUGGUACCGGAGGCAUGUGCUGGGCAAGUUGGACGACUUGGACCCCCAGACGAGGAGACGGAUAAAGAGGGACUGA